AUGGACGAAUUAUUAGGAGCUAUAUAGUAAAGAAAAGCAAAAAUAAAUGAAAUUUAAGACGCUAUUUAUUAGAUUAGAGGAAAUUAACCAUAAGAGAGAUGGAAUGUAUACUCUAUGGUAAGAAAAUUGAAAGAAGAAGAAAAAAUAAGAGCCGAAAAAGAAAAUUGGAUAGUUGGAGUGAUUCGAAAUACUAAAUCAUACAAUGAAGAACAAAUGUGGUUGGUUUUAUUAUUAUAAUUAGUCAUAUUUAUGUCAAGACAAAUGAAAUGAUGAAAGCUAUCAGCAAUCAUUUUUUAGAAAUUCCUUAUACACCAACAUGUAAUUUGUACUAAUAUUUGGAAAAUUAUUACAUUCUUCAUUCAAGUUUUCAGAAGCAUCUCAAUUAAGAUGCUCAACUUAAGGUUUAAUUUAAGCAAGCAGUCAGAGCAGGGAACAUAUCAUUAGUGACUGAUCUAAUUAAAUCACUUUUAGGAACCUCACGUAAACAAUACAGGGACUUUGUUGAAGAGUUGAGUAAUUAAGUUAAAAAAGAAUCUUCUCCUUAAAAAAUAAGAAUUGAGAAUCAACGCAUCCGUUCGUCAACAUAAAAGAUUGAAGAAAUAAAAUUAGUUGAAAAACCACUUACAACUAAUAUGAUCAAUAAAGUAGAUCGAAUUAAAAGAAAACAAAUAACUAUUUCUAAAAUACAAAGGUAAUUAUUAAUCAUUAAAUCAGUUCAUGUGAUUUAUCCCCAACAACUGAAACUCCUACAUUAUAUUUAAGAAACAAAUUCAAAGAAGUUGAAAAAUCUCAAUUUAUUUCAAUGUUUGCAAAUAUCUCUGCAGUAAUUGAUGAUUUAGAUGAACAAAAUAUUCAAAUAUGUGAUUAUCAAACAGUUAAGAGACAAUCAUAAAAUUAUGAAGAAUUUAAAACCAACUAUGAUACACUUUGUGAUAAGAUCAGAUUAAGAAAUAAUCUAAUUUAAUAGAGUGUUUCUGAUUAUACAAAUUAUGCAUUAAAAAGGUAAUAAUUAUAAAAUUUAAUUUUAUAAGAGUUUAAAAUGUCGAAACAGAAUACCCAAAUUUAAUAAAAGAAAAAUAUACUACUCUGUAGAAUAAUUAAGAUUAUCACUUUUGCAAUAUUCAAUUAAAGCCUAUUUUUGAUAGUAUGUGUCCUUGUAUGUAAAAACAAAUUGUAUGGCCAAAACCAUCCCCUAUUAAGAAUAAAGUUAUCAUCAGAAAAUCUGUCUAAUAGAUUAAAAAGUAGGUAAAUUAUGUAUAUAAGUAGUCUGAUUAAUAAUCAAAAAAAGAAUAAAUUGAUAUGAGCAAACAUAAUAAUAGUCCAAAUAAUAAUGGAAAAUCUAAACAAUAGAUGCCACAACUUAAGUUGAACAAAGAAACAUAAUUAAUAAAGGCUCAUCCAAGAGCAUUAUCAGCCAAUACUCAAUAAUAGCCUGUAAAAUAUUUAACCUGCUCAAGUUUCAUUGAGAAUCCUAUUGCAAUUAAAACUAAUCUCUUAGUUCGUAGCAUUCAUGAAUGA